AUGGCCACGUACUUUGAGCCCCUUAUCAUGGCUGCCAUUGGCACAGCCUCAAAGAUUCUCAGCAGCCAACAGCAGAUGGCUGUUUUAGACCAGACUAAAACUCUCACAGAGUCUGCUCUACAGAUGCUCUACACAGCAAAGGAGGCGGGUGGAAACCCUAAGGCUGCACACAUGCAGGAGGCUCUGGAGGAGUCUGUGCAGAUGAUGAAGGAAGCGGUGGAUGAUCUUGGAGCUACUCUGGCAGAGGCGGCCAGUGCUGCUGGUGCUGUAGGGGGCAUGGUGGAUUCAAUUAACGAUUCCAUCAAUAAAAUGGAAGAAAACCCUGCACUUGACCCUGAGGGCACGUUUGUGGACUACCAGACCACUAUGGUCAGAACGGCCAAAGCCAUCGCAGUCACUGUCCAGGAGAUGGUUACAAAGUCUAAUACAAACCCUGAUGACCUCGGAGGACUGGCCAAUGAACUAACUAAUGAAUUUGGUAAUCUGGCCACAGAAGCCAAAUAUGCAGCGGUCACUGCAGAGAGUGACGAGAUUGGCCAUCACAUUAAGAAGCAAGUGGGUGAGCUGGGUUUCAGCUGCACCAGUCUGGUGACAAAGGCAGGAGCUCUGCAGUGCAGCCCCAACGACUCCUUCACCAAGAAAGAGCUCAUAGAAAGUGCACGGAAGGUUUCAGAGAAGGUGAGUCAUGUUUUGGCAGCUCUUCAGGCUGGUAACCGUGGGACUCAGGCCUGCAUCACGGCUGCCAGCGCCGUGUCGGGCAUUAUUGCUGACCUGGACACCACGAUCAUGUUCGCCACCGCCGGGUCUUUGAACAGGGAAAAUGCAGAGACCUUUGCCGAUCACAGAGAGUACAUUUUGAAGACUGCAAAAGCACUGGUGGAGGACACCAAACUCUUGGUGUCUGGGGCGGGUGCCAGUCAGGAGAAACUCGCUCAGGCGGCACAGUCGUCCGUGACCACCAUCACUAAACUGGCAGAUGUGGUUAAACUUGGGGCUGCAAGUCUUGGUUCAGAAGAUCCAGAAACACAGGUCGUUCUGAUUAAUGCUGUCAAAGAUGUGGCUAAAGCUCUUGGAAAUCUUAUCAGUGCGACAAAAGCAGCUGCAGGGAAACCUCACGAUGACCCCAGCAUGCUUCAGCUGAAGAACUCUGCAAAGGUGAUGGUUACCAACGUCACGUCCCUCCUGAAGACUGUGAAGGCUGUGGAGGAUGAAGCGACAAAGGGCACCAGAGCCUUAGAGGCCACUAUUGAACAUAUCAAGCAGGAGCUGACUGUUUUCAGAAGUUCUGAUCCGCCUCCAAAGACGACGACACCUGAAGAGUUUAUUCGUAUGACUAAAGGGAUCACUAUGGCAACAGCAAAGGCAGUGGCUGCUGGGAAUUCGUGUCGUCAAGAGGAUAUUAUUGCUACUGCAAACCUCAGCCGACGCGCCAUCGCUGACAUGCUGCACUCCUGCAAGGAAGCUGCUUAUCAUCCAGAAGUCAACAGGGAUGUACAGAUGAGGGCUCUCCGCUACGGAAAUGAAUGUGCCACUGGAUAUCUGGGACUCCUCGAGCACGUGUUGGUGUUUCUUCUCAUGAUAUUUUGCCGAAACCAAUUCAAUUUGGAGAGACGAGAAACAAGAAUAAGAGCUCAGGAAAAGCUGGAGCAAGCCGAGAAAAAAGCUACAGACGCCGAGGCUGAGGUGGCUUCUUUAAACAGACGCAUCCAGUUGGUGGAGGAGGAGUUGGAUAGAGCUCAAGAGAGGCUGGCCACAGCUCUUCAGAAGCUGGAAGAAGCUGAAAAGGCUGCGGAUGAGAGCGAAAGAGGAAUGAAGGUCAUAGAAAACAGAGCCACCAAAGAUGAGGAGAAAAUGGAAAUCCAAGAGAUGCAGCUGAAAGAGGCCAAACACAUCGCUGAAGAAGCUGAUCGUAAAUAUGAGGAGGUAGCACGCAAACUGGUGAUCCUCGAGGGUGAUCUUGAGCGCUCAGAGGAACGUGCUGAAGUGGCUGAAGCUAAAUCAGGUGAUCUUGAAGAGGAGUUGAAAAAUGUUACCAACAACUUGAAGUCUCUUGAAGCCCAGUCUGAUAAGUACUCACAAAAGGAGGACAAAUACGAAGAGGAAAUUAGAGUUCUCACUGAAAAACUUAAAGAAGCUGAAACUCGUGCUGAGUUUGCUGAGAGGUCUGUGGCUAAACUGGAGAAGACCAUUGAUGAUUUAGAAGAUGAAGUGUAUGCUCAGAAGCUGAAGGGCAAAGCUCUGAGUGAGGAGCUGGACUUGGCUCUGAAUGAUAUGACCACGCUGUAA